AUUUGGGCUAGAUGUUCACCUGAUCGACAAUUUACCAGUAAAAAGCAAAAUGAUGUAGCUUAAUCUUCAGUAGAAGCCGCAAUGGCAUGUGCUACAUGUGAAGUAAUUGGUUGUUAAUGUAUUAGCUUCUAUUCCUCCACAAUGUGAUAAUCAAGCAGCAAUUUAUUUUGUCUCAAAUCUUGUAUUUCAUGAAAGAAUCAAGCACAUAGAGGUCGACUAUUGCUUUGUCAGAGAAAAGGUCUCUUCAAAGGCAAUAUGAACUCCAUUUGUUCUCUCCGAGAAUCAAUUGGCAGACAUAGUUACCAAGGCCUCUAAUCAAGUUCAACUAAUGGAUAAUGAUGCAGCCCAGAAUACAACUCUCGAGUAUCAAGAUAAGAGAUACAAGAGGAAUCUUAGAAGGGCAAAAUAGUUUCAACAAGACUAUAUCCUUGGAAUCAGAAGCCCAUGAGACAUUGCCCAAAGAAACAUUCAAAGAGAUGGAAAGUGGCCAAAGUAAUAAUGCAAGAGAACUUCUGACAAGAGUAGAAUUAGAUGUAGCAUGUUCUUCAGAGAAAGUGCAGAAUUUGGAGAUAUUUUUUAUUCAUGUGGCAGCCAGAGCUGGAGAGUAUGAAGAUUUUGCAACAAGGAAGGAAGAUAUCCUCGAAGACUCAGUCGAAAAGGCACUGGAGUUCGAUAUUCUCUCUGGAAUCUUAGAUUCGGAGAUGGGAGAACUUGAUCGCUUCACAGCUUCUCUCCAGGAAGAGAUUACUGACCUUCGUGAGAAGAAACUGUUUGAGGAUACAAAAACUGAAGAGAUGCAUGAGUUAGAGGAAGCUUUGAAGCAGUUACGAGUCCAGGUUACUGAUAUGAGAAUGCAAUCAGCCAAGUUCCAGAACACCUUGUCUUAUGGUGGGCAGGAUAUCCGGAAUGGCUUGGAUGCAGAGACUAUAGAGAGCCCAUUUUCUCCAAUGAGUGGAGGCAUAAGAAAGGCGCAUACUCCUGAGCAACAAAUGCAUGUAUUAAGAAUGUUAGAGAAAUCCCUAAAGAGAGAUCUUGAUCUUGAAAGUAAACUAACCGUUACCAGACAUAAUGAAGAAGAGCUUAAACAAAGAUUGCAUGAUGUUGAAGAGGAAAACUCCAUCAUGGAAACAAUGGCAAGGGCUCUGCUUCAGAGGUCAUUUGAGGCUGAAAACUUGGUUAGUGUUUUAUCGGGUGUCUCAAAGGAACUGAUAGGGAAGAUCCAACUUCUUAAUUUCAACUUGAAUAGUUCUCUCUGUCGAGAAACAGACCUGAGAUCCAAGCUGCAAGGGACCCAGAUAAAACUAUCAGAAGAUGAAGGUACUUUACUAAAGUUGACUACUAGAUGCCAGAAACUCGAGAAUUUGCUUCUUUUGCAGGUGAAGGAAUCAGAAGCAAAGGUUCAAGAUUCUGAAGAGAAGUUCAAUCUUGCCAAUUCUGAUGCCCAAAGUCUAAGAGAGAAAGCAAGUUCUCUUGAAGGCAGGCUUAGACAAUCUGAGACUCAGUGGCAGCAGGCUUUGGCCUCUGUUGAGGCAAGCCAUGAGAGAGAAACACUGUUAUCUUCAAGUCUCAUUGAUAUGGAAAACGUAAUUCAGAACCUCAAAGCAAAGGUUAUCUAUAUGGAAAACAGAGCAGAAAAUGCAGAAUUGCAGUGCUCCUUGUUAAUGGACAAUAACUCAGAAUUGAAUGAAGAACUGAAGUUGCUACGGGGUACAGUGGAGAGCCUGCAGGCAUCUUUGGUUCGAACUGAAAAUGACAAAGCGAAGGCUGCAAAAGAUGUGAACUUUAGAGCUAAAUUAAUCAAUGACCUCAUCAUGAAGCUUGCAACUGAGAGGGAGUGUCUUCAGAAACAGAUCUUUUCAUUGAUGGAGGAGAACAGGCUUCUAGGGGAGUAUUCUAGCGAUGAGGCCUCUGGCUUGAUGAGCCACUAUGGGAAUAAACAAGCAAUAGAGUACGUCCCUGAAAAAGACAAUGGGGAUAUUAAGGCUAAUUUAACUAAUCCUGUGGACUUGGAAUCUGAACCAACCUUAGGACAUAUGUAUUUGGAAACGCAGGUCGAGACAUCAGUCAAAUCUGUUGCUUCAUGUGUGAGCAUGGAGGGACCUACUGUGUCUGGUUCUGAUGGCCAUGGAUUAGGGGCAGAAGAAGUGGUUGAUAUGGAUUCGUCUUCUCAAUUUGAAACUGUGGUGACAAUAGAAGCAGGCCAGCUCAAGGCAAAGUAUGUCUUUGGUGCAAUUGCCAUUUCAUUGAUAUCCGUGCUCAUUGUAUAUAUAUUUCAGCAAGAACACUGUCCUUUCUGAUUUUGAAUGGUUUUCUUUUCUUACUUUACCUGAUGUUGUACUUCUUAUGUUACUUAGUUGUUCUUGAGAAAGAAAAGAGAUUUGAAUGCAAGGUUGUCUUCCGUGAUC